CAGCCCACCCUUCCGAUCUCUCUCUCUCUCUCUCUCACUCAUGAAUUAAGCAGAGUUGAACACUGUGCUGAAAGCAGAUCAGAGUCAUUUUCUUGGCUUUCUUCUUCAAAACCGACCGAGCUUCCUCAACUUGAUCUCUUCCACAUCCUCGUUUCACUGAUAAAAAAAAGUGAGUCGGUGUACCAAAACACAAAUCAUGAACCCUCUUCAAGAAUUUGACUUCCCAACCUCAAACGUCACAUCUUCAUCCUCAUCGUCACCCCCAUCCGCCACUCUCAGCCGCUACGAGAACCAGAAGCGCCGCGACUGGAACACCUUUGGCCAGUACCUCCGGAACCACCGACCGCCGCUGUCGCUGUCCCGAUGCAGUGGCGCCCAUGUCCUAGAAUUCCUCCGAUACCUCGACCAGUUCGGGAAGACCAAGGUUCACAACCAGCUCUGUCCCUUCUUUGGCCACCCAAACCCUCCUGCACCCUGCCCUUGUCCUCUGCGUCAAGCAUGGGGCAGCCUCGAUGCACUUGUCGGCCGCCUCAGGGCCGCCUUCGAGGAGAACGGAGGGAAGCCGGAGACGAACCCUUUCGGUGCUCGAGCCGUGAGGUUGUAUCUUCGCGAAGUGCGUGAUUCUCAAGCCAAAGCUAGAGGUAUCAGCUACCAGAAGAAGAAACGGAAGCGUCCUCAAGAGCCUCCACCACCAUUGCCACCAUCUUCGUCAGCAAGUUAGUAAGCAAUAUUGACCGAUUUUAAACAAUUUCAGUACUCUAGUCGAUCGCAAUUCACAAGCCUUUUACUCGUUAUACUCCACGAAUUUUUGCGCCCCUCGACACUUUGAAAACGGGAUACGAUUGUGACAUUCGUACAAUAUGCGAGAUAUUAGGGCUUCAAAAUAUUGCGCCUAAAUACAUAUUGUAUUGUGUUGUAAUGUGAUGUUUAUGUAUCAUGUGGUAUCCUAUGCAUGUAUCUGUGUGUUCCAGUGGCUCUGCUCAUGAGGUUGCUUCUGAGGUUAUUGUGGCUAGCUAAUGGCUAUAUACGUAAGUUUUUGCUUA